AAACUAACUAUGAGAGUGCAUUUUUUUAACUUUAUCACUUGUCAUUUUCCUAUCAAUUAAUUACAAUGGUUUCAUUCAUGCAGAUUGAUAGAGGAUAUGUAUCCCCUCAGUCUCCUGAGAAAUUGGUUGUUGAGUUUGAAAAUGCCAGAGUUCUAGUCACAGAUCAAAAAAUUUCUGCAAUCAAAGACAUAAUCCCAUUGUUGGAGAAAACAACACAAUUAAGAGCCCCACUUCUCAUUAUUGCUGAAGAUGUGAGUGGGGAGGCCUUGGCUACUCUUGUUGUCAACAAGCUGAGAGGCAUCUUGAAUGUUGCUGCAAUUAAAGCACCAGGUUUUGGUGAAAGGAGAAAGGCACUUCUUCAAGAUAUUGCCAUUGUAACAGGCGCAAUGAUGUAUAUUUGUUCAUCCUUGAAGGAGACAUAUUUCAAGGAAUUUUUUUAAAACUCUACCAAGGUAAGCUUGUUUCAUAUACAGUCAAAAUUCAUAUUAAUUACCAUUGAUAUCCAUGUGAAUGGUUGUGAAUCUUGUUUGGAUCUGUUGAUUGGUGUGUUAUUAUAUUAGCCCCAUAUACGAUUUACUAAUGUAAUUAGAACUACCAUAAGAUAUUGUACUUUUGUUGAAUAAAGCUAAGACGAAGAAUCUUAUAUUUUGUGUUCAACAGAUUUUAAUGUCUCUGUUUUCGAACAAAGAUGAUUUCAUUAUUUUUUUUGAUGAUACAGUUUGACAAUACAGUUUCAAACUAAGUUAAUUUUGUAAGUCUUUGUAUUCAGUUUGAGAUGUAUGUCAAAAUCACUUUUUCACUGAAACAUUUAAAGAAAAAUAUCUUCAUCAGAGCUAAAAGACUCAGCUUCCUCUUCCAGGAUACUCUUAAGCUUUAAAUAUUCUUUUGAAUAAAUUCUAUCCCUUCAU